AUGGUCAGCUCCUGUUGUGGCUCUGUCAGCUCUGAGCAGAGCUGUGGCCUGGAGAACUGCUGCUGUCCCAGCUGCUGUGAGACCACCUGCUGCAGGACCACCUGCUGCCGCCCCAGCUGCUGUGUGUCCAGCUGCUGCAGACCCCAGUGCUGCCAGUCUGUGUGCUGCCAGCCCACCUGCUGCCGCCCUAGCUGCUGCAUCUCCAGCUGCUGCCGCCCCUCUUGCUGUGAAUCCAGCUGCUGCCGCCCCAGCUGCUGUGUGUCCAGCUGUUGCAGACCCCAGUGUUGCCAGUCUGUGUGCUGUCAGCCCACCUGCUGCCGCCCCAGCUGCUGCCAGACCACCUGCUACAGGACCACCUGCUGCCGCCCCAGCUGCUGUGUGUCCAGCUGCUGCAGACCCCAGUGCUGCCAGUCUGUGUGCUGCCAGCCCACCUGCUGCCGCCCCAGCUGCUGCAUCUCCAGCAGCUGCUGCCCCUCCAGGAGCUGCUGCCCCUCUUGCUGUGAAUCCAGCUGCUGCCGCCCCUGCUGCUGCCUGCGUCCAGUCUGUGGCCGAGUCUCCUGCCACACCACUUGCUAUCGCCCAACCUGUGUCAUCUCCACCUGCCCCCGCCCCUUGUGCUGUGCCUCCUCUUGCUGCUAA